GAGAAAUGGCUUUGAACUGACAGUCGUGUCACCCGAUACUCGGUCUGAAUAAAUGAAUCCGUAAAGUGUGUCGCACGUGAAAGGAGCGGGCUGUUGCCAGGGUAACGCGAUGCCGCUCCUUUAAAACGCCGCCCGCUGGGACAGAGAAGCGCGCGCGGCUGCUGAAGUGCACCUGCAGCUGGAACACACCUGCCUGGGCUUCUUCAAUGAAGCAGCUCAGAAACGCGUCAUUUUCAUAGGACAGGCCACGCUUCUGCUUCUCCUCCAGCAAGGAACUGACGAGGGAUUUGUUUGUUUGUUUGUUUUUGUUUGUUUAUUCAUUCGCCUCGUCACUCCAAGCGCACUAACAGACGGACUCGGCUUUAUGAAAGUGCUGCUUCCGGUUUAUUCCGUGGCUCGGCUCGGGAAGCGGUCGUGUUUAAGGCAGGAUGCCGGUGCAAAUUCCGGACGACGCGGAUUUCGCGUCUUUCAAAGAGCAGUGCGAAAGCGAAGAGGGCUGGAUACAGAGAUACAGCAAAGCCGGAGUGAUGGUGUGGUGCCAAGCUGAAGAGACCAAGGCAGUGCAGAAACUUAAGAUGAGUAUUGUGUGCAAGGAUGUCUGUGCAGAAACACUGUAUGAUGUCUUGCAUGACACCAGCUACCGGAAGAAAUGGGACACUAACAUGAUCGACACGUUCGAUAUUGCAAGACUGACAGUCAAUGCAGAUGUAGGAUAUUACUCCUGGAAAUGCCCGAGUCCACUGAAGAACAGGGAUUUUGUCACCAUGCGUUCAUGGCUUCCUCUCGGCAAGGACUACUUGAUAAUCAACUACUCGGUCAAACACCCGCAAUACCCACCAAAGAAAGACUAUGUCAGAGCUGUGUCUUUACUCACUGGAUAUUUGAUCCAGUCCAAUGGAGCAAACUGCUGCACUCUUUACUACUUAACACAAGUGGACCCAAGAGGUUCCUUACCUAAAUGGGUAGUGAAUAGAGUCUCUCAGUUUGUGGGACCAAAGGCCAUGAGGAAGAUCUACAAAGCGUGCCUGAAGUACCCUGAGUGGAAACGGAAGCAUGACCCUAACCUGAAGCCGUGGAUGUAUCCCGAGCAGAACACGCUGCCAUGCAUGUGUGUUUCAGAGCUCACUCUGCAGAGAGCAGAUUCGCUGGAGAACAUCGAUGAGAGUGGCUUGAACGAGGAUAAGAUCCAGCACCAGAGUGAAGAUGAGGAAACCUAAACCCUCAGACUUUGCUUUCACAUGAGCGUGCAUGUAUGUGUGAGGAAGUCAGUGUGUGUUGAUUUACACCGGUAGUUCUGCAGAGUAUGACUUCUUAGUUUUCAGCUGCAUCUUAUGCAUGUUUUGAUAUGCAUUGCUGAUGAUCAAAAUGGUGCUCCUUUCAAGGUUUCAAGGUUUUUGACAUAUUAAUGAUUGUGAUUGUUUGCACUACCAAUCCCAGUUUAAUAGAAUUGCACAUACCGGUAUCAUUAAUACACGUAUGAUGAUUUUAUUCAAUAUGAGCGCUCUCAUACAUUUAUACAUAAACACAAAUAAAUUGGCACAUUACCGCAGGUAAAAUUUAGAUCUUUGGGUGACAGUUGCAAUGCUUUUUCGGUCAUCUCUUCUAUGAGUGAGCAUCGGCUUUGUAGUGCGUUUUAUGGUUCCAUAAACUCCCAGUCUUUUGUUUUUCUGAUAUUACUCAAAUGAAUGACUGUGAAUCAAAUGUCACAUUUCCAGUAGAGGUUUCAUCUGGGCAUGUACAGUCUCAUUUCCAGGGCACUCUACCUGGGAGAAGUGAGAGUUCUGCAGAACUCUGUGGUUGACUGCAGGGAUUUUCACUUCAAUAUCUUUACCUAUGCAUCAACAAGAUCUCAGGAGUUGUAAAAAAACAGUGCUGUAUACCUUUCUCAAAUAUACAUUAUGUGUGUUUCUAUCUCUGGUAACUUUUCCCUAUUAAUUUAUGAAUAAACAGCUUUAUCUUGUACUUUGGGAAUGAUUUAACGCAUCCUUGUAUUUGUUCUACGUCAUUCUCAUAGUAGAUUGGAGCAUGCUUGCUUUCUAUAAGACUCGCACAUCAAGAGUCAAAAUUGUCAUUGCAUUUCAUUUACAUGCAUUGUUUUUUGCAUGUACUAUUUUAUAUCCAUGGUUUGGCUGAGCCUUUGAAAAGUUGUACUGUUUUGAGCUAGUCCUGCUCAUCUGACCUGGGCUUCUUUAAACAAUAAUUUAAAACAAGUUUAAGUACGAUUGAACUUGCAUGACAAGGAAUGUUUUUGAGACUGUCUAGUACUUUUGAAAUGAGUAUGAAUUGUUCACACAAAGAGAAUUUGCUUUUCUUUUCUCCUCCAUUUGGCAAGAAAGGGAGGUCUGUGCCUGCCUCCACUCUUUUCCAUCCAAAAGCCUACAGCUGGCCACCACUCCUCAAACUCUCCAUUGUCUCCGACACUUCCUGCUUCCCAUUUGGAGCAGUUCCUGCCUGCAUCAGUCAGAUUGUUCUGCAGGGAAGGAAACUGCACAAGUCAGGCCUCUCUGGUUUCUCACACUCCUGUUACUUUUACAGCAUUUAUGGGUUUCUUCACAUCCUAUUUUAAAAAGUGCUAUUUUCUUAAAAGUAUUUCCUAUGACUGUGAUGUAAUACAGUAUUUCUCAUUGUUAACAUCCAGUUGAAUUUGUGGAGCUCAUGGAUGAAUUCAUAUGAAUUUGUACACAGUACAUUUUCAAAUUACAGUACAUUUCAAGUUUAAGCUGUGUGUUUC